CUCCGCCGUCACAGCUCUGACAACAGCAGGGACAGCGGCUCAGACGUCGGCCCAAACUCCACUCAUCCUCCGGUCCUGACGGUCCUGACCAGUGACAAGGGCUGCCACGUCUGGGUGAAACAGCACGCCUUCAUGCCACCAUGGAGCCACCGUCUCUGUCUUGACUGAACUCCAGAGCCAAAGAGGACGCAUUAUUCCCAAGAUUUUACAUGCAAGACAGAUGAAGUGACCCACACGGUACCAUGUCAUCAUUCCAGGUGGUGGAUUCAUCGCCUGGCAGCAGCGUCAGCAUCAUGGAAACAUCCAACUUUGCCCACGUCAUUUUCCAGAAUGUGGGAAAGAGUUUCCUACCCCAGGCACCCUUGGAGUGUCGUUACACCUUGACCCCUUACAUUACUCCCCACCCCAAAGACUGGGUGGGCAUUUUCAAGGUGGGUUGGAGCACGGCCAGGGAUUACUACACCUUUCUUUGGUCUCCAAUGCCUGAAAACUAUGAACCAGGAAGUACCGUUCACAGGACUGUGGUGUUUCAAGGUUAUUAUGUUCCUAAAUCCGACGGGGAGUUUUACCAGUUCUGCUAUGUAACCCACGCCGGUGAUAUCAGAGGAGCCAGCACCCCCUUCCAGUUCAGGCCAGCGACGCCCACCGAGGAGCUGCUCACCGUUACCGAGGACGACAACAACUCAGACAUACUGGUGGUGACCACCAAGACCGGCCUGCUCGAGCGCGUGGAAGAGGCACAGCAGGAGCGCAGGGAGUUGCUGAAGGCCAUGCGCCUCCUGCAGGAGGAGAAACAACAGCUGCAGGAGGAGCAGAAACGACUGGCCAGGGAGCGGGAGCAAGAGAGGGAGACGUGUUGCCUGCUGCGGACACACAACCAGGAGCUGCUGCGCUCGUCCCAGGGUCUGUCGGAGGAGAGGGAGGAGGUACGGAGGAGACUGACUGAGGCCAAAGACCGGGUCCGUCAGCUGGAGGAGGAUCUUCUGGGAGUCACCCAGAGAGGCCUGCAGAAAGAGACAGAGCUGGAUUGUCUGCGUGAGCGCUUGAAGAAGCUGACAGCCGAGCGAGAGAGUCUCGAGAACCAGCUGAAGAACGAAAAGGACGAGAGGGAUCUUUAUAAGGCCCACCUACGUAGCACUGAGCUGGAAAACACCAAGCUGAGUGCGGAGCUGCAGAUGCUGAAGGCAGUGGAGCUGAACAGGGAGGUGACCAUCGCUCAGUUCCAGGAGGAGCUGGACCGGCUCCGGGCCUGUGUUUCCCAACGAGACAGUCUGGAGAAAGAGCUGCUGGCACACAAAGCCGACAAGGCGGAGCUGGCCCGCGUGCGUGAGCAGCUCCGUCAGGCUGAGGAGCAACUCCAGGCCUCCCGGCAACAGGCUUCUCUACUCGCCGCAGAGCUCCGUGACUCAGCCAGCGCUCGCGACCACACAAUGACUGAGCUGUACCGAGCCCGCGUGGAGGCCGACAAGCUCCGUGCCAGUCUGGCUGAUGCUCAGGCCGAGUGCCAGCGCAUAGAGAGUCAGCUGGAUCGGAUGAGGAGCACUGCACACAGGGAGGUGGGCGUUGGCACCAGCGGGGACGUGACCCCCAGCAUCAUGGUGGUGUCGGAGGCCGAGGCGGAGCUGCAGAGGGAGGUGGAGGAGCUGAAGCUGCGUUUGCACAUGGCCGCUGAGCAUUACAAGGAGAAGUACCGGGAGUGCCAGCGGCUCCGCAGGCAGGUGGCCAAGCUCAACUCCACGGAGUCGCAAGGGGAGUCGAAGAGGAAUGCAUCCACCGAGACGACACCGGAGCCACUUACUCCCAGUCCGGACUCGCCCACAGAAGUAAAUAUCGCUACUGCAGCACUACAAGAAGCCAUGGGGACGGCAGUCAGCCCAGAACUGCAGAACUCCACGUACGCCGAUGCUCCCUCCAUCUCAGAGAUGGAGAGAACAGAGAGAGACAAGACGCCAGAGGAGAGUCCCGGUGUAGAGACUGACAAGGAAGUGAAACAAAUGGAAGACGGCGCUAAGGAAAACAGAGAGAAUGAAAAGGAUGAGCAGAAGCAGAGCUUGCCAGAGGACAGCCUGAGGAUGGCGAGCUGGGUGGACGUGGGGAAGGAGACGCUGUGCGCUGAAGAGAACACCAGCGAGGACGCUCCGCUGAAGGCAGAGGGAGGAAUGGAUGGGGAGAAAGAGAAGGAGCAGGAGCUGCUGCUGGCGGAGGUGGAGGGGAGGAGCCAGGAGGAGGCGGACAAGGAGCAGACGCGCUCGGUGGAGGCAGAGCUUGCAAUGAUGGAGGAGAAGUGGAAGGAGCAGUGCGCCAUCAACGAGACACUCAAACAGCGGCUGGCCAAUGAGGAGGAGCGAUUCAGAGUGCUGAUGGCAGAGCGAGCCAGCGAGGUGACCGAACUCAAACAGAACCUUGCCCAGGCUCUUAGAGACAAACAGCAGCUACAAGAGGAGCUGCAGCGUUAUGUGUCCAGGCAGCGGGAGCAGGAAGCCGGCGUCCAGGGUGCAGAGGUGAAGCAGCCGAUGGUGCUGCGCUACCCCCUCCCCUACCCCCAGGACCCUUCCCCUCCACCGCUAGUUCCACAGAGGCCCGCGGAGCUUCAGUACGGAAAUCCUUACUCCACCGACACCACAGGAGAUCAGGUGGAUGUGGUGCCGUCUCCUGAGCACAUGUCACGUCCUCCCCCCGAGGCUCCUCCUCCCUGCGCGCCUCCAUGUGCACCUCCAGUCACGCCGCCCAGCCCCGGCCCCGGAGCACCGGGCUGGGACCGCAAGGUGGUCUGCAUCCAACCGUCCCGCAGCUCGGGUUCGCCAGAGAGCGCCGAGCACCCAGCAGAGGAGUCGCAGCAGGUGGGCGGUGGAGCUCAGCAGUCAUGUGAUCAUCAGUCCAACAGUCGCAGCGAGGCGAGGAGCAGCUUCUGCUUUGACUCCAGUAGCGACGUGCACAAGCGCUGCCCGCUGUGCGAGGUGAUCUUCCCGCCACACUUCGAGCAGCGCAGCUUCGAGCAGCACGUGGAGAGCCACUGGAAGGUGUGCCCCAUCUGCUCCGAGCAGUUCCCCCUCGACUGCCAGCAGCAGCUCUUCGAGAGGCACGUGCUCACACACUUCGACGGCCACGUGCUCAACUUCGAUCAGAUUGAAUGAAUGAAUGAAUGAAUGAAUGAAUAAAUGAAUGAAUGAAUGAAUGAAGGACGUAGAGGACUGUGCCGGAAACGUACGGCAUCGAUGGAUGGAUGUUGUCAGCUGUUACUCGAUUUUUCAUUUGGGGUCCGUUACGUUGUUUUGUUAAUAUACAAUCAUUAGCACUUCUUUGCAAAGUUAGAGGUGUGAAAGAAUGUAGUUGAUCUAUCGAUUAAAAGCCGAGUAUGUGCUGUGGAGGAUAUUCCACAAGGUUUCGUAGCUUUCGCCUGGAAACACAGUGAGGAACAUAGAAAUAUAUGAGGAUAGUGCCAUUAAUGUUUACUUUUGUAUAGUUUUAUGCUCAUUACAGCACCUUUUAAAGUGCAUGCUCAUCUUCUGUAAUUAAAACUAAAAAAACUAAAUAAAAAAAAAUGCCCUUCUAGAAAAAGUCCUACUUCUCCAACUAUGACAGGAGCCUGAUUUGUGGCUUUGAAGAAAAAAAGGGAAAUAUUAUUCCCCCUUAAACUAACCCAAACACGCUUACCGUUCAGUAGUAAAGCAAUCAAGUCUGUGUUUUUGUUGGGUUUCUUUCUUUAAGGUCAACGAGAGAAUUUGAAGCUCGGCAGAGGCGUAAAUGCAGAAUGGGAGCUGAAUGUGUACAUAUAUCUGUAAAACCAUGUGGUGGAGAUUGACUCCAAUCCUGCUGUAUGUUCAGUCACGUGAUGGAGAAAGAAACCCCCUCAGUCAAAAUCAAAGGUUUUACAUAUCAGGACAUAAUAGUAAAAAACAUCUGGUCCUCACUAGGCAUUGAAAUGAAAAUGAAACCUCAGAUAAACAAGAACACAUGACUUAAUACAUCACGCCAUGAUCUAUUUGACACAAACUAAGCCAUGAAGGAAUACAUUGUGUUCGUGGUGGCAGAUAAGCAGGAAGGAGUGUGAGAAGAAACCAGAUGCUGGAAUCAACUGAUUAAUGUUGUAUAUGUCGUGUGUUCAGCUGAGGUUUAUUUGCCUCAUUGAAGACCGAUCAUUUUUAUUUUCAUGUCUUAUAAACUGUAAAACGUUGAUUUUAUACGGGGUGGACUGCAAGAGUUUUGUAACGAUGUGACAUGGCGUAAACCGGAACGUGUCAGCACUAAACUUAAAGGCUUUAUUCUGAAUGUACUGUACAUAGAAGAAAUUCAGUCUAAAUUGUGAAGAGACCUGUGAAUAACUGUCGUAACCCUCGUCUCCCCUCCCUCAUGUUUUAAACAACGAAAUGAAGGGCCAAUGAUGUUUAACUUCCUGUUGUGCACUUUUAUCACAAGCAGCUGAGCUGAGAGGCGAUGGAUCAUGUUUCCAACCCACCGCCUGCAGGAUGCUGACUUAUCGACACUUUUAUCGUCAUGCACUUUUUUUUUUUCAUUUAAAUUUGUAUUUAUUUUCGAAGUGUGGAAAGUUGCUGCUUUGUGUGCCCUGAUGAGUGAAUGUCAUAAAACUAUUUUCUCGGGGCUCCAGACCACCACCGCUGAUCUGACUCUCUGUUCGUUACUAAGUGGUUCUAACAGUGUUCGUAUUCAGGCUUUAAAAUCUGCACAUGCCCACUAAUCUGCAGGCCGAUCUGUGUACGUCAUGUGUCCUACCCUGCAGUUUUCACGUGUGAAUGUCAUGAAGGUGGUUUAUGUGUGUAUUGCAAAGAUCUUUAUGAAUAA